AUGGUAUAUGAAAAUCCUUUGGUUGAACUUGAUGCCCCACACUUGGGUCCCUUUGGCAAUAAUGAUGCCAGUACCAGCACCUUCGGGCUCAUCUCUGCUCCUGCCACAGCAACGGCUGCGCUGUUCUGGCAGUCUGACCCCAUCCAGGCCCUUGUGAAGCACACCCCAGCCUGGGAGCCUUAUGCAAAAUACGCAGAAAUAAACUCCAUGCUGGACCAGAUAAGCUCCUGCCUGGAUCACCUGGAGGAGAAGAAUGAUUAUUUACAUGCCUGCUUGAAAGAACUGCUGGAGUCCAACCGCCAGACCCGCCUGGAGUUCCAGCAGCAGAGUGAGCAGCAGAACACACAAGCUGAUGUGCAGGGAUCACAGCCUCCUGGCUAGCGUGCUGGCUGCAAGCUCUGUUAGUGUUGCUAAGAGGACAUUUACUGGUCACUGAUUUCAUGUAAAACUUGAAUAGACGAGGUACCUCGUGCCUGCUACUUGUUCCUUCCUGUAGUUGUGUCCUGCCGUUCACCUCCAUGUUCUGUUUUUAUUUAGCUGUGUGAUAGGUGCAGAAGCACACAGGUGGAUGUAGGAGAGCUUGUUCUUUUUUGCGCCCCAACACAAGCCUGGCACUGACACUUGGUUAAAGCUGGCUGUAGGAAACCUGAUGCCAUGCAGGUUGUUUGCGAGUAGGCCCUCUUCGCAAAGAGGAAAAAUGAUCUCUGCUCUUUUGCACUGUUAAAUCCAAGCAAGGAGUGUUAUGGCUGUAGCCUCUUCCCUCAAAAAGCACGUAGGCAGAGGCUGUCCUGGCUCCAGGCUUGCCCCUAAGAGUAAUGCCAAUGACAGACUUGCAGAGGGAAGCUCUAGGCCAGCUCCUGUCUUGAAACUACAGCUUCCCAUUACUCACGUUAACUGUGACGUACGACAUACUGGCAGAUGGUCCCAGAUCACUGGACACUACUAUCCCCCUUCUAAGCAGAUAAGACAAGCUACCAGGGUGAUGGUUUUGGGAACUACCUAAUUCCUUAAGAUGACAUUAAUAACUCGGGCAUUAGAGAGGGGCAGAGCAGUGUCCUCCCUGCACAUUUUGACAAGAGCACGCCUGAGCAUUCCAGCCUGAAACUUCAUGAUCUUGUCAGGAUGGCCUGGGGCCAGCAUGGUGAAGCAGGUCUUACUGUUAUAAUUCUAUAGAGUUAAAGAAGUUUUUCUGAAAGUUAAAGAAGUUCUUUAUAAGAAAUCUGUUUUAUUAAAAUCAGUUUGAAACAAAA